GACGACACCUGGCCAGGUGGGGCAGACAGUUGCUACUGUCGUGUGUGGUCUGAUGAACACAACCAGCAGCAUGACGGACACUCAGAUGGGCGGCGGCAGCGGCGGUCGGUGUCCACGUCCCGACACGGGUCCUGUUCUUCUCUCUCUCCCCGGACUCCGACGGGAUCCUUCGGUCUGGAGGCGUCUUAUCUCCGGUGAGCGCGCUCGCAUCAGAUGAAGCCUGCUGACAGCGCCAUGGCAGCAAAGACCUCAGAAGGAUCCAUCAAAUGGCAGCUCUGCUACGACAUCUCGGCCAGGACCUGGUGGAUGGAUGAGUUCCAUCCUUUCAUCGAGGCCCUGCUGCCCCACGUGCGGGCCUUCGCCUACACGUGGUUCAACCUGCAGGCGCGCAAGAGGAAGUACUUCAAGAAGCACGAGAAGCGCAUGUCCAAGGAGGAGGAGCGCGCCGUGAAGGACGAGCUGCUGGGCGAGAAGCCCGAGGUCAAGCAGAAGUGGGCGUCCCGCCUGCUGGCCAAGCUGCGCAAGGACAUCCGGCCCGAGUUCCGGGAGGACUUUGUGCUGACGGUGACGGGCAAGAAGGCGCCGUGCUGCGUGCUGUCCAACCCCGACCAGAAGGGCAAGAUGAGGCGCAUCGACUGCCUGCGCCAGGCGGACAAGGUGUGGAGGCUCGACCUGGUCAUGGUGAUUUUAUUCAAGGGGAUUCCGCUGGAGAGCACGGACGGCGAGCGUCUGGUCAAGUCGCCGCAGUGCUCCAACCCCAGCCUGUGUGUGCAGCCGCACCACAUCGGAGUGUCCGUGAAGGAGCUGGACCUCUACCUGGCCUACUUCGUCCACACAGAGGCCGGCCAAUCAGAAAGCCCCAACCAGGCCGGCGAAUCAGACAUCAAGGAGCAGCCAGAGAACGGUCACCUGGGCUUUCAGGACAGUUUCGUCACACCUGGGGUCUUUACAGUGGCCGAGCUGGUACGAGUGUCACAGACUCCCAUCGCAGCCGGCACUGGUCCAAACUUCUCAUUGGCCGACCUGGACAGCUCCUCCUACUACAGCAUGAGUCCAGGAGCCAUGAGGAGACCCCUGCCCAGCACCUCCUCCUCCAGCUCUGCCAAGAGGAUAAAGUGUAUGGAGGAGGACGUGGACAGUCCAGGAGAGGAGUCCUACUACCCGGGUCAGGGUCGGUCCCCGGGCAGCGGCAGCCAAGCCAGCAGCUGGCACGACGUGGAGCCAGCUGGAUAUAAGCUGCGUGGCUCUCUAGCUAGCUCGUUCAUCUCCCGACAAGGGAUGCCGUCGCCCGCCGGCGCUCUGAAGAAGUCAGAGAGGUCUGGUUUCUGCGGCGCCGUGUCUCCACCGAGCGGCUCUGCCUCCUCCUCUUCUUCUUCCUCCUCCUCUUCCCCCCGAACGGCUUUCACACAUCAUCACCGGCCCGUCAUUACCGGGCCUCGAGCGAGCCCCCACGCCCCCCCCUCCAGCCUCCACUUCUCCUCCUCCCCCAUCCUGCAGCAGCCCGGCUCCUACUUCUCCCACCCGGCCAUCAGGUAUCACCCGCAGGAGACGCUCAAGGAGUUCGUCCAACUGGUCUGUCCUGACUCCGCCCAGCAGGCCGGACAGGUGGGCUUCCUCAACCCUAAUGGUAGCUCCCAGGGGAAGGUCCACAACCCCUUCCUGCCCACCCCCAUGCUGCCCCCCCCUCCGCCGCCCCCGAUGGCCCGGCCCGUCCCGCUGCCCGUCGACGCCAAGCCGCCCUCCACCUCCUCCGAGGGGGGGGGCAACUCGCCCACCUCGCCCACCUACUCCACCCCCACUACAUCCCCAGCCCAGCGGUUCGUCAGUGUCGGACCCAGAGACCCCGGCUUUAAUAUCCCUCAGCAGCCACAGUGGUACCUGGGAUAAGGACUCCAGAGGCCCCUCCCCCUCCUCCUCCGCCUUCCGUCUGUCGACGCCAGCUGCAACAGAGAGCCUGCUGUCUUGCCCCGCCCCCCACAGCGACCUCAUCCCUCCUCUGCGCCUGACUCCGCCCCCACCAGCGCCAUAUAGAGACUCAGCAGCAUCUGCAUGGCUACAGCGGAUCAAGCGCACCCCCCACCCUGGUGUUAAACACCCCCCUCACUAAACUGUAUGUCAGAGACGUUCCUGUAGACAUAUGGUUCAUAUUUCCAUGUCCAUAUAUAGUACCAGACCCCCCCCCCCCCCAGAAACCAGACCAGGCUGUGAAUGAGCCUUCAACUGAAUCACAGAGCUUCCCGACUCACUCUCCCAUCACCCACAGCCAGCCCCCCCCCCCCCCCCCCCCCCCCCCCCCCCGCCAUCCCAUUGGAGUCCAGUGGUUGGGCGUCGGUCUGGUUGUUGGGAUGGGACGGGAUGAGCUUUGGCUGUGGGGGCGGGAAGUUGUAACCUGGGUGAGAUACCUCCAGCUAAUACCCCCCCCACCUGAGCCCCACCCCCACCGCACCUCCUGUGAUAGACUUCACUUCUGACCUGACCCCGCCCCCUGGCUGGUGCUAGGUCGGGGGGGGGACGUCGACAAGGCUCUUUCAAUGGAUAUGGACCAGUGCUUAAUGGAAAGACCUGAGCUAACGCAGCGCAGACAGAUGCCCCGCCCCUUUCACAGUCAUCACAUGACCUACACGUGGGGGGGGGGCUGUUGGGGGUUGGUUGAAGUGAAGUGUUGCGACCAGACGCUGGUUUAUCUGAGAGGCUUUGGCUUCAUGGCUCAUCGGUUCUUCUCAUUUCAGCCCCCCCCAUCCCCCCCCCCCCCCAUCCACCCGUGUGGUGACGCUGCAGCAGGUUGCGGAUGAGCAGAAGCUCUGGUGUCCGAGACGCCGCAGGCAGAACUGUACCAGUGGAAUAUUGAUCAUGAGGAAAGUGCAAUUUUGUUGGCUAGCUGUUGGAUAGUUAAAUAUCUUUGUAAGAUAGCUCGUUGUUGGAAAGUAUAUAUAUAACUAUAUAUUUUUCUUCCUAGUCCGCUCACACCUCUGGGACUCUAAACUAUCGGGGUACAAAAGACGUCAACAACACAGCGUUGAAGUAGAAACUGGAGGGGAGCUGUAUUCACUUUUAUUCUUUUAUGAUUUGUUGUUUGUUCGUCUGAAGCCGUUCACAUCGUGGAACAAGAUUCCCUUUAAAAAUAUCACAAGUUUAAACAAUCAUUUUUUAAAACCCUUUCUUCCUAAGUUUCAUUUUGUUUAAAAGAAGAAAAAAAAACGCUAAGCGAUUAACUUAUUUUAAUGAGCACAUUAUUUUACUUUUUCUAAAAAAGACAUUUGAAUUUCUCACGAGGCGAAAUGAGGAGAAACUAUGACGAGUGAAUCGAAGCGUUAACGUAAUCGUGUUUUCUCCGGCGAGAUAAUCUUAAACGGGCGUCGCCUGUGAAGAGGCCGCCCAGUGAUUGGCUGGGUCUCCUAGAGCUCCCCGUCCAAUCAGAAGCACUUAUUCCUACAGUCGGCCAAUGGGCCUACGAGCGUGUAACUAGGGGGUGUGGUUUAGCGAUGAAGAGGCGGAGCAGAGGGUAACUCUCUGGAAGCUUUCGUCCACAACGAGGCGUCCGAGCGCUUCACAUGCAACUUUACCAUUUUAUCCAACUUCAGUUUUGUUUAUCCUUUUCCUAUACUAUAUAUAUAAAUAUAUAUAUACACACACGCGCACACACACAAACACCUACGACCAUCCAGCGUCGAACAAAAAGUGAAUUUAUGUGAAAAAGUUACAAACAAAAAAAAAAAGGACAAAAAAAAUAUCUGCAUGUUUUAGUGUUAGUGACAAAUUUUUCCAUAGAUGAAGUAGUUAUUGA